CACAAGUGGAAUAAAGUGGAGAUAAAAGUCAGAAAAUGAGUCGAUUUUUCAUUAGCAUGCCUAUAAUUUCAUCAAAAUUACAUGACUUGGAAUCAAGACCAACAAUAGUCGAAAUUGCUAAUGGCGCUGACCCUAAUCAAGUGGUAAAGCCCGAUAUCGAGGAUGAUCAAAAGCGCUGGCUCAUUGUUGGUAUUUGUCUACACAGUGUUCUCUCUCCGGUCUUACGAAAGUAUAUACCUCCUGUAGUAAGCAACCUAUAUUCUCAACUGAAACGCUCUGAUCAGAUAGACAACCAAAACUAUCCCAAUCAACUAGCGCGUUACAAACCUACGAACAAAGAGCUAAACUAUGAGGCUAUUAACAAUAACGCUGUAAUACCAAAGGUUAGUCGAAGAAAAGAUGAAAAGAACUUCAAUUACGAUGUGAAAUGCGACGUCGACCUUUCAAAACUGUUCAUGCCCACUAGCAUGACACAGUACACAGGUUUCGAUGAUACAUGCGACACUUCAGCACUGCUGGGAAUCAUUAUCAAUAUAGAUACAUUUCCGGCUUUAGUAAAGACAGUUGCAGAACAGGUACAUAUUACUUAAUUCUUAAACUUCUAAUCAAAGCUGAAGGAGAUAUAUUGUUAUUUUGUAAAAUUUGCAGCAUGACGGGUCAAUAUCAACACCAGAACAUAUUAAAACCAC